AUGCCGUCAAAGGACCAUGACCAACAUGUUGAGGAAGCUAAGCAACAAGCAAGAUCUGAUCCAGUUCAAGAUGGACAACAACUACCUGAGUCUGACCUCAGGCUCUAGCAUGACCCUCUCAAUGAAAUUAAUGAUGAUCCUCGUCAUCCUAAAGAUAAAAAGCACAAGGUCAACCAAGAUCUAAAGUUCAUUAAAGAGUCCAAGGUGGGUCUCGAUAGCAAGAAAGUCUAAGAGAAGGCUGUUAGAAUAAAGAUCGAGGAUGACCCAAUGCAGUAGUUCCAACAAUAACCCAGGUAGUCGCAAAAGCAAAAUUAAAGCUCCUCGAGGCAAGGACAACCUCAUCCUCAUGCUCAACAUCAUCCUCAUCAUCAUUAAUAAGUUCAAGUCCAACCACCUUUGUCAAAACAAACUGAACCAGCUGGUAGCUCUCUCAAAAGCAGGUCCUCUUGA